AUGGAUCUGGAGCAAGAGCUGGUGCUGGUGCCGGCACCGGGACAGCUGCCAAGACCCGCAGUGCAAGUAAAAGUGACAAAUGAAGUGGAAAGUGCCAUGAGAAUGAUGAUGAUGAUGAUGACUGCGAUGGGUAUGAGGCAACAGACGAACUACUUUGACACACAAAUGGCCAACCGACUGCCACUGCUGUCAUUGUCUAACCUAAUGAGCCCCAGUUCCACUCCCACUCCCAGUCCCAGUCCCAGGCCCAAGCUCAGUAUGUUGCCAAUAUUGGAUGGGCGUAGCUCGGACAUCAGUCCCGAGACAGAACAAUUACUUCGAUUGCAGUCGUCCGACUACAAACUGCUGUACAAUGCCGAACGGCACACGUAUUUCCAACUGCAUACCAUAACCGGCAAUCAUCGCGUUUCGAAUGCGCAUAAGGAUGCGGCGGCGUCCAAUCGAAGAAGGCUCUUCCAGCAGGCAGUGGGCAGCACCCUGAGUGCCGCCUUCGGCCUGAAUGUGAUGGCGAUGGACGGACGGGCCGUGACCACGGAGACCGUGCAUCUCUAUGAUGCCGCCUCGCUGCGGCAGUCGCGCUUCAAUCCCUUCAAUCCGACACGCAUCCUCAUCCACGGCUGGCUGGGCAAUGCAAAUGCCAAUAUCUACAGCGCCUUGCUCCCACCAUACCUAUCGCUGGACAAGGGGCGGUACAACAUCUUCACCGUGGACUGGGGCCGCGGCGCCAUAGCGGACUACAUUACGGCCAGCUAUCGGGUGAAGCCCGUGGGACAGGUGCUGGCCAAAUUCGUGGACUUUCUGCACCAGGAGGCGGGCCUGAGGUUCGAGGAUCUGCAGCUGGUGGGCUUCAGCAUGGGAGCCCAUGUGGCGGGCCUGGCUGGGAAGCACCUGCAGACGGGGCGGCUCAGGAUGAUCCGUGCUUUGGAUCCGGCCUUGCCCUUUUUCCGGUAUGCCCAGGACAAGGAGCGUCUGGCCAAAGGGGAUGCGGACUAUGUGGAGGUGCUACAUACGAGUGUCGGCAGCUACGGCUUCGAUCGCCCGCUGGGGCAUGCCGAUUUCUACGCCAAUUGGGGCAGUCAGCAGCCGGGCUGCUUCUGGCUCGAGUGCAGCCACUGGAGGGCAUUCAUCCUCUUUGCCGAGAGUCUGCGGCCCGGCCGGGAAUAUCCGGCCCGUGGCUGUGCGGUCAGCGAAUGGCAGCAGUUGACCCGCUUCCAUCGGUGCCCCAGGGAGACGGGCAACAGACAGAGCAUGGGCGGCGAUUUGGCCAAUGCCUCAAUGGAGCUGCUUCUGGCCAGACGACAGGGUGUCUAUUAUUUCGAGACAAAUGCUAAGCCACCCUAUGGCAUGGUUCAGCGAAAUGCCAGCCCAAAGGGAAAGCACAAAUAA